GGACAAAUACAAAGGCAGAAUGAAAGGUCCUAAGAUUGGAAUUUGAAAGCAUUAUCUAAGAUUACACCUCCUACCGCAAUUAUCAAAAUGACCGAUUCAGAGAUCAACUUGAACAACAAUUAUGCGAGAAAGCCAUUAACAGCAAAAGAAGAAAAGGCGCUACAACAGUUUAGAGAAAAUGUAAAGGACGUAGUAGAUCUUAUUAAUUACGAUGUGGAAAAGUUUCUUCGAGCUCGCUCUUUUGAUAUUAAAAAAGCUGAACAAAUGUUACGAACAAGUGUCGAAUUCAGACAAAAGGCGAAAGUUGAUACACUUCUGAAAGAAUACAAAAUACCAGAGGUGAUGGACAAAUAUUUAACUGGUGGAUUUUGUGGUCAUGCAAAAGAUGGUUCUCCUAUACGUGUAGAACUGUAUGGGAAUAUAGAUCUUAAAGGCUUAAUGCGUUCAACAAAGAAAUCCGAUUUCGAGAGGAAUAAACUACAUCAGUGUGAAUGGACCGUCAAUGACUGGGCGGAACAGAGCAAAAAGUUGGGUUAUCCAGUUGACGGGAUGACAGUUAUUUGUGAUAUGGGAAACACUGGAACGUCGGCGCUGUGGCUCCCUGGCAUAAAAAUGCACUUAGGUUUAGUAAAGAUGUUAGAAGACAAUUAUCCAGAAAUGUUGAAGAGACUUUUGGUUAUCAAUGCACCUCGAAUAUUUCCAAUAUUAUAUAGAAUAUCAAGACCGCUUAUCAGUGAAGACACAAAACAGAAAAUACACGUUAAAGGAGGUGAUUACAAAGACUUAUUGUUACGCUACAUUGAUCCAGACAAUUUACCAGCCUGCUAUGGUGGAAAGUUAACAGAUCCAGACGGAAAUCCUAAUUGUGCUUCUAUGAUUGGUCAAGGAGGACCUGUGCCAAAAGAGUUUUAUCUAGAAAAUACUGACUUUAAUUUACAACUGCAAACUGCAACUGUCCCAAAUGGCGAUAAACUGUACUUGGAAUAUAUAGUUGAAAGAAAAGGGAGUGUUUUAAGUUGGGAAUUUAAAACUGAAGACCAUGACAUAGGAUUCGGACUUUUCUAUUGGGAAAAUGAAAAAUAUAAACCAAUACUACCUCUAGAAAGAACAGAUAGUAAUGUUGUAAUUCAAGAUGGCACCUACACUUGUGACAAAGUUGGAAAAUAUUUCUUGUGCUUUGAUAACAGUUUUAGUUGGACACGAUCAAAGAAAUUGCGAUAUACAUGUGAUGUUUUUGCGCCUGUUGAAACCUCAAUGAUUACGGAGAUAAAUAAACUGGUGGGAGACUGUGAUUGGAAAACAUUAUCAGAAAAGUUUGAAACGACUCAUUUAUGAACAACUUUGUGUAUUUUUUGUUGUUCGCAUAUGAUGUCAAAGCAAAAAAAAUGGAGGAUAUGAUUUCAAGAAUGAAUACCUGACGAAAGAUGCAAAUAAAUGAUUUAGUACAAGUGUACUCACAAAUUAACUUAUAAAUUGAAAUAGAGUGUGCUUUGAUUGAAGAGAUAUGAACUAUGUUUUACAACCUGCACUAUCAUCUUUAUAUGAUUCUACGCAGGUCAUUUCAAAUUUUGUUAUUAUUAUUUAUUUGAGACUAAUCAAAAUAUAUAAUAACUAACAGUAUUUAAAGUAUUAUUAGUGUUAAAACUGUGUAUUUGUGUUGUAUUAUUGGGCCACGUGGUGCUGAUACAAACUUUCAUAUUGUAUGAAAACUUGUAACCGUUUAGAAGCAAGCAUGCCACCACGAUACACUGUGCAGAAUGGGUAAAUCUGCAGUAGUUAUCAUUAUUUAUUACUUUUAAAUAUACUUAUUUACUAAUUGCUAUAUUGGAUUAUAUUUACUGAAACUAUAAGAAUUUUAGUUUUAAUGGUAGAAACUCAAUUGACAAAACACAUUUUACAUAAUCGCUACACUGCUUCAUUUAAAAUGUUCUACGUUAGUUCUAUUCAUAUUGCUUUAAAUUACAAAAGAUUGGUUUAUUUCAUAAAUGAGGGUGUGGAUGGGGGUUUACAAAAUAGAGAAUAAUGGGCAAAAAAUAUAAAGAAUACAGAAAAAUGGACCAAAAAAAUAAAGAAUAGAGAAUAAUGAGGUGCUCAAAUAUAAAGAAUAGAGAAUAAUGGACAAAAAGUAUAAAGAAUGGAGAAAAAUGGCCUAAAAUAUUAAAGAAUACAGAAAUGGAGGAUCCCCCCAUCCAGACCCUCAUAAAUGAUUUCCAAAAUAUUAAACAAGUAGUAAGAGUGGUGUUUGCCAAUAUUUUGUUAUAGGACAAUGUAAGGAAAUUUGUAUUUCGUUAUCAACAAUCGUUUCCAUCCGAUAAAUAUUUUUUUCACACAUUUAUUUAUUUUCUAAAAGAUCAACUAGAUGAUCAUUAAUCAAAAUAUAAUACAGUCAUUUUCGAUGAAUUAUGUUGCAUUCUGGUAUACUUGUUCAACUAUACUGAUUUUAAUAUCAUUUUGGCAGCUUUCAUCUUUUAUUUGAGAAUAAGAUAUAGUAUUUUCCGUAUGAAUGUGAUGUAACGGGAAGAAAGUAUUGUAAUGAUUUUAAACAUCUUUAAAAGGAUGGUAGUCAAGAAUAUGGCAAAAGGAAAAGAAAAAAGAAUUAUUCCUACAUUUGUUAUAGUCUUUUUACGAUUAGACUGUUGUAUUAAAUGAUUAUUUGAAGAUGCAACACAUGAUUCUUUCUUUGUUGGAUACUGAUUUCAAAUACUAGCGCAAUUGGGAAAAAUUCAUCGGCACAGUCAAUGAAUUGUUUUAAAUUGUUUUAAAUUGGUAUAUCAUAGAGUAUAAUAAAAUCACUGAACGAUUUUAAUUAUUGUCGACUUUUAUCAAAAAGGAGUCGUCUUCAGUCUUUCUUCUAUUCUAAGCUGAUACAUGUGAUAUAUUUGCAAAUUCUCAAGGUAAAAUCUCAUUACGGCUUAUUUGAACAUGCAUGAUUAUAGCCAUUAAAACUUUUAGUUCUGAGAGUUCUUUAUGUAGAUGAAUAAAAAAAAUAUGUUUCAGACGCAACAAAUGCCAUGUAUGUUUUGACCAAUAUGCUAAUUUUUCUCAAUUUUAGUAUCAUUGAAAAAUAUAUACAUAGAACCAAAAAGCACUAUUUUUCUUAUUUAUCUAGCAAAAUCCUAUACUAGACCGUGCAUGCUUAUCAUAAAAACAAUCAUGUACAAUAAAAGUAAUGUCACAACAAGAGAACAAAUAUCUGUAUGUUGUUGGAUGUAAAAGAAAAGAUAAGUUCGCAGUGAAUAUUUACUACGCUGAACACUGUAUGUUUUAUAUCCUUUUUAAGUAUACCAGUAUAUCGUUUUCUGUUAUAUUAUGUUCAUGUCACAUUUGAAGUAUUUAUAAUAAAAUUAUGUUUUUUAUUUUAUACAAA